AUGGCCGAUGAGGCCAUUUUCGAUAAAAAGAAGUCACACCGUGCGAAACAUGCCGGCAGAAAAGCAGAGAAGAAGAAAAAGAAAAAUCAAAUAGAUCAGUCUAACCUAAGUGCGCGGCAGAGAAAUCCAAAAGCCUUCGCUAUUAAUUCAGCUGUACGCGCUGAGAGACAGUUUAGGCGUCGCGAAGAUGUUAUAUCUAAGAAGCAACACAUACCACAAGUGGAUAAAACACCUCUGGAGCCUCCACCUAUCGUCGUCGCUGUAGUCGGGCCUCCGCGAGUCGGAAAAACUACAGUCAUCAAUAACCUUAUUAAAAGUUUUGUCAAAACAAAUGUAACCAGUACCAACGGUCCCAUAACGAUAGUUACGUCUAAGAAAAGGCGUCUCACGUUAAUAGAAUGUAACAACGAUGUAAAUUCAAUGAUAGAUAUCGCCAAGUGUGCUGAUCUCGUCCUGUUGCUGUGUGACGCGAGCUUCGGGUUUGAGAUGGAGAUAUUCGAAUUCCUGAAUAUAUGCCAGGUACACGGCAUGCCAAAGAUUAUGGGUGUGUUAACACAUUUGGACAUGAUAAAGAAUGCCAAGAAGUUAAAGAUGACCAAGAAAACAUUGAAGCAUCGGUUCUGGACCGAAGUAUAUCCUGGUGCCAAGUUAUUUUAUCUAUCUGGUAUUAUUCAUGGAGAGUACUUGAGAAAUGAAAUAAAGAAUUUGUCCAGAUUCAUAUCUGUUAUGAAAUUCAGGCCUCUGAGCUGGCGUAUGACUCAUGCUUAUAUAUUGGCUGAUAGAUUAGAAGAUAUAACAAGUCAGGAUAGCAUCAGGAAGGAUCCAAAAAUAAAUAGAGAUGUGGUCUUAUAUGGAUAUGUAAGAGGUGUCCCUCUCAUGAAGGAUUCAAUGGUCCAUUUAGCAGGUGUUGGUGAUAUGAAGAUCAGUGAACUGUCAUACUUACCAGACCCUUGUCCUUUACCCAGCAGUGAGAAAAAAAGACAUUUGAUGGAGAGGGAAAGACAAAUCUAUGCUCCCUUCUCUGGGGUGGGAGGAAUUGUCUAUGACAAGGACGCAGUGUAUAUUGAACUCAAAGGAUCUCACUCACAUAAGCAAGAAGAUGAGGAAACAAAUGAGAAGCAAGCCUUACUUAAGAGUGUUGUGGAGACAAAGGAAACUGUUGACGAGCAAAUGCAAGAAUCUGGCUUCAGACUAUUCAGUGGAGGAACUGUCAUAUAUCCAGACAUGGUGAAAGAUGAUAAAGACUUGACAAAUAGAGAAUCUCAGAAUAAUGAGUCCAGCUCCGAGGAAUCUGAUUCUGGAGAUGAAAAUGAUUCUGACAAUGACAGUGGCAUAGAUCAGAGUGAGAAAGAUACUACCGGGAAGAGUUCUAAGUUACCUUGGGAUAAUAACUCAGAAUCUGAAGAAGAUGACGAAGAUGAUGGUAACAAUGAAGCAAUUGACCAAGUGGAUGAACUGUACAGGCAUGAAGAUGAUUCUGAUAACGAAAUGGAUGAAGAACAUAAAAGUUCUGAUGCAGAAGACUUCAGCAUUAAGUGGAAGGAAAAAUUAGGUGAAAAAGCAUCGCUGGCGUAUUUUGAAAGGCAAAAGACAUCAAAAAAUAUCAUGAAACUUGUCUACGGGGAAUUUGAAAUAGGAAAUAAGAGAAAAGCAGAAGAUGAAGAUGAGAAUCGUGAUGAGGAGAGUGACGAAGAAGAAAUUGGAGGUCUCUUCAAGAAAGUUACGAGUUCACAGAAAAAGAAGCAGGCGGACAAGGAACAGUUGGAUCUCGAGGAAUGUUCUUAUUUCUACAACAGAGAUAAACCAAACUUAAGAGAUUGGACGAUUGAAGAAAAUAAAAAACUGAUUAUUAAUUGUUUUGUGACUGGAAAGAGAAGCGCCGACGAGGACGCCGAGGAACUUCUAAAAUUAGACGACGCGAGUGACGGAGAGGAUGAAGUCUAUGGAGACUUUGAAGAUCUAGAGACUGGUGAAAAACAUACUAGUAAACAACAACCGGAAGAUAACACGGAAGAAGUCGGCUCCAAACGGAAAGCUGAACCGACGAAAUCGGAUAUAUUAGACAAAAAAUUAAAAUUAAAAGCUAAGUUUGAUGCCGAGUAUGACAACCCAGACGACCACAGAAUAAAGGGAGACCAUUCUUAUUAUGAAAGUUUAAAAGCUGAAGCGCUCAAGCAGUCGGAACUAAACAAGUCAGUUUUCGAAAAUUUAGACAACGGUUUGAGAGUCGAAGUCGAAGGUUUCCGACCCGGUCUUUACGUUCGUAUGUUGUUCAAGAACAUGCCAUCGGAGUUCGUCACGAACUUUGACUCCAGUUAUCCUCUCCUCAUAGGCGCUUUAAAUAUGGCCGAGCAAAACAUCGGCUUCGUCUCGUGUAAGGUUAAAAAACAUAGAUGGUACAAAAAGAUAUUGAAAACCAACGAUCCUUUGAUUAUUUCCUUGGGAUGGAGGCGGUUCCAGACGUUGCCGAUAUAUUCCAAAAUAGAAGAUGAUUUAAAAUGCAGGUAUUUGAAAUAUACUCCGGAACACGUCACAUGUAACAUGCACUUCUACGGCCCCAUAACGCCACAGAACACAGGGUUUCUAGCAUUACAGACGGUUAAUAACAACUCAAAUGAAAUCAAACAGCUAGGGUUCAGAAUCGCCGCCACCGGCAGCGUCAAUGAGAUAAACAAGUCGACUCAGAUCAUGAAGAAACUCAAACUAGUAGGGACGCCUUUAAAAAUUUACAAGAAGACUGCCUUCAUCAAGGACAUGUUCACGAGUACACUGGAAGUCGCGAAAUUUGAGGGAGCGAAAGUUAAAACGGUGUCCGGAAUCAGAGGACAAAUAAAAAAAGCACUCAACAAACCCGAAGGUGCGUUCCGAGCGACGUUCGAGGACAAGAUCCUUAUGAGCGACGUGAUCUUCUGCAGGACAUGGUUCAAAGUAGACGUAUCAAAGUUCUAUGCACCCGUCGUCAAUCUUCUUCUUCCCAUCGGAGCGAAGAACGCCUGGCAGGGCAUGAAGACGAAGGGUCAGUUGAAGAGAGAACGGAACAUAAAGGCCGAAGCGAAUAAGGAUUCCAUGUACACCGAGAUUGUGAGAGAACCGAAAGUGUUCAAGCCACUAGUUAUACCCAAGGAACUACAAAAAGGUUUGCCUUACAAGUUAAAACCCAAGGAGAAGACGACCACGCUUACCAACAAAAACAUUAAAGAGAAACUGUCCAACAGAGUCGCGGUUAUAAAGAGCCCGCACGAACAGAAAGUAUCGAAUGUUAUGAAGAUGUUGAAGACCAACUUCGAAAAGAAGAAGGAAGUGCAGAAAGCGUCGACCGCCGAGAGGCUGAAGAAGUUCAAGAAACAGCAAGAGGAAGAGGAAUGGAGGAAGAUCAAGAGGCAGAAGGAACUCAAGAAGAAAAUCUGCAGGCAUCUGAGUAAAAUAUCCAACAAGAAACAGACACAGAUGUGA